AUGUCUUCUAAGCGCAGAAAAAGAAAAGGUAACAAUAUAACUGCCCAAUCUGCCCCACCCUCUUUAUCACUUAGAGACAUGAUGGCAAAAGAUACUACUUCAACUCCUAUUCCUGAUCAAAGAAGCUCUACGGAACAAAUGAAGAAAAUUUCAAAUAAAGCUAAACAAAAUAAGAACAUUGUGUCUACUACUCAAAUUCUUACGCCAUCAUUAACGAAAAACAAGCGUCACGUCACUCCUUCAAAUUCAAAUUUAACUCCCUAUGUACAAAUAAUUGCUGACGAAGAGACUUUACAUCAAUCAUUUAACAAGUCACCUCAACAACAACCUGCAAGGACUUCAGCAUCAUCAGCAUCAUUUGCAUCCAGAUUAUUAAGCAAAUCCCCUGCAGUGAUCACAUCAUCAUUACCUGAAACGUUGAGUAAGUGUAAUAAUUUUUCUUUACAUUAUCUAUAA